ACAGAGGGAAUAAAGAGAGGACAGGAGAGAGAAGAAAGCGCGAGCGCUACCUUUCUCCUGCUUGUUCGCUGAUUUGAGUUCACAAGCACUGGUGCUCAUUUUUCUUUCUCAAUAAAAUGUCUGUCGACUCGGAAGUCGCCGCCUCCAUCCUGAGCCCACUUUCGGCCCGCUGUUUGUUAGCGUGUGGCUUGCAGUUGGCUUUGGCAUACGUGCUGGCACAGAGGUUGGGUGCUCGCUGCUCUUCUACUGAUAGAUGGGUCCUGCUGUGGCUCUGCUACGAUGCCAUUGUGCAUAUUACGUUGGAAGGUCCAUUUGUCUACCUGUCUCUUGUAAGCACGGUGGCAACAUCUGACAACUUGUUGGCUGAAUUGUGGAAAGAGUAUGGAAAGGCAGACAAAAGAUGGCUCUAUUCAGACCCAACAAUAGUAUCCAUUGAACUUCUUACAGUGAUAUUCGUUGGCCUCCUAGCUGUCAUACUAAUUUAUUCUAUCAUCAAGGAUACAUUCUACAGGCACUUCCUUCAGAUUGCCCUGUGUGUCUGUGAGCUGUAUGGAGGCUGGAUGACCUUCUGUCCGGAAUGGUUGAUGGGAAGCCCCAGUUUGGACACUAGUAACUGGUUAUACUUUUGGAUCUACUUAGUGUUCUUCAAUGGCCUCUGGAUAGUUAUUCCUGUAUUGUUGCUUUUACAGUCCUGGUUUUGGUUUCAGGAUGCAUAUUACCUACAAAAAAGACCUGGAAAAAAAUAUUCAUAAAACUUCUACGUCACAUUUUAAAAUUACACAGAACUCUUCACCAAGCCCACAUCACAAGAUGCUUUAAAAAGCAAAAAAGUGUACAAUUCAGGACAAAUGUAAAGCACAAUGGAGGGAUGUACAAAAGGAGAAGACUAAGCUUAAGUUAAGCCUUCAUCCCAAGCUCCUCUACUGACUUCAGACCUGAACCUCCUCCCAGUUUCACAUAUAAGUUCAGGGGUUUGUUAAACAACGUGGAAACCAAACUAGAAAUCAUCUAGUUGCCCUGAUGUCUCUAGACCCCUGACCCUUUGGCUGCCACCUAGUGGGGCUUAGAUAUAUGUGACCAAAGUUAGUACCAUAGCAGAAUAGGUUAUACAUUAAACAUUGCUUGCAUUAACGCCAGGAGUAUUAAGAAUAAAAUAACAAUUGGAAUUGUAGAUAACUGUGCAUGUAAUAGGAAUAACAGAUAAUAGAGGUUACCAAGAGUAUCAUAUACAGGUACACAUUAUUUAUGAAAACCAGGCAAAACCGAAAAGGUGGGUGUUUCAUCAUUCAUGUAAAACAUAAUUUACAUGUAAAAGCAUUUCAAGUUAGAUGAUGAACCACACCUUAGUGAGGACGUAUAGAUUCGACUAGAUAGCAUUUGAGAUUGAGGACUCAAAUUAGG